AUGUCAGCGCCGAUCCACUCUGAGAAGAGAUUCGACGCUGGCGCAGAUGGCGCACAGGAGGAUUCGGAUGCCUUGGAGCGGACAGAGGAGAGCAAAGCCAGGCACGGAGCAUUCUCGCAGUCUCAGGAGCUCAAGCCGACACCGGAAAUUUGGGAUCUUUUCUCCCAGGAUUCUGCCCCCAGAGUGCCAGAGCAACACGAGGAUUCGGAUGCCUUGGCGCGGACGGAGGAUUGGGACGAUGAGUUCCUUGCAGAGUGCAAUGACAUUUUGGCCACGCUGGACCCGCAGAAGACUGCCCUGGUCGCCGUCGGGGAAGAGCAUCCGCCUGUGAUCUUUCGCAUCCAGAAGAACUCGUCCUUGCGAACUCUUGUAAGAGCGUACUCGAGAUUCCGAGGGUGCGCAGAGAGCACAGAAUGGAGUGUCCGCUGUAUGCCUUGCACGUCGACUGUGGAUCUCAGCCAACCUGCCCAAGUGCUACCGGUGCUGCAGCGCAUCGCAUUUGCUAAGGUUCCGAGAGAAAUCGUUGAAAAAGAAACCAAUGAGACAGCAGAGCCUGAGGCAAGGGAAUCGAGCUGUCAUGGGACACGACUGUGCUAG